UCGUGUCGUUCUUAUUCGAAUUCUGUUUUGAUUCCGAUACGAAAAAUCCCGUUUUGUUUUGAUCGAAUGCGACGCGCGAUUUACCGUUCUGUCUGGUGGUCUCACUCGCGUUGCGAAACAGUCAAGAAAAAGUUUAAACCCGAUUCCCCACAAUGAUGGAUUCCGCGGAAGAACCUGUCUCGAAACGUGCCAAAUCUGACGCCGCUGCUGCGGACGAGGAAGCGCCCGCCGUAAGAUGUCGGCAUUUUGUACAGCGGAAGAAGCGCUACUGCAAGAUGACGGUCGGCAGAGGGAAGCUCUAUUGUGGGGAGCAUGAAGUCCACGCUGAAGACGACUCGACAGGGGAAAGACGAAUCCCAUGUCCACUGGAUCCCAAGCACUCGAUUUCGGCUGCGAAGCUGGAGAAGCAUUUGAAGAUUUGCAAUGCUAAGCCGAAAGAUCUGCCGGGGUAUAUUGAAGUGGGGAUCAAUGCCGUUUCGGAUGGGGAGGACAAUGAGGUGGCAAACAGCCAAACGAGUUUGAAGCUGUCUGAUGUUCCGAUGGAUCGAUUAGACGCGCUUAUCAAAAAGAUAGAGGCCAUUUUCGACGACACCCAAAUCGGGGUCAUGGAAGAACUGAUAUUGGAGCAUGAAGUAUUCAAAGAGGAGCUAGGGAACGAAUCCUACGGGCCACAAACGCUGAAGCAUCUGAUCCAGUCCGCUUCCCUGUUAGGCAUCCUGAGGCGGGAGAACUUCUUCCAAAAUGACGUAGCUUUCGUGGAGUUUGGAGCGGGAAAGGGUCAGGUUGCUUUCUGGUUGGCUACCGUGCUCCAGCAGUCGGAUUUGAAGAACGUGAAGGUCUUUCUGGUGGAUAAGGCUUCCCAUCGACAUAAGAAAGACAAUAAGAUUGAGGACCGGGAGAUCAUACAACGGGUCCGAGCGGAUAUCGGCGAUCUAGUGCUGCAAAAGUUGGACGUUCUGCGGGAUAGCAGGAAGAUUGUUGGCGUGGGGAAGCACCUUUGCGGCGGAGCCACGGAUCUUGCCCUGCGUUGCUUGAUACGUGCAAAUAAACAUAGGCCAGAGGGUGAUACUCUGCAAUCCGAUGGAUUCGUUUUCGCUCUCUGUUGCCAUCAUCGAUGCGAUUGGAAGACGUAUGCGGGGAAAAAGUUUCUUCUGGAGAAAGGCAUCAGUAGGGAGGAUUUCGAUUUGGUGGUGAAAAUGGUCAGCUGGGCUGUUUGCGGCACGGGAACCAGUCGGGAGAGGAGAAACGCUGAAGGGGACGAAGGAGAUGGAAUCAAGUACGGAAUGACGAGAAGCCAACGCGAGGAAGUUGGACGAAGGUGCAAACGAAUGCUGGACUGGGGACGAAUUCAAUAUCUGAAAGAGAAUGGGUUUGAAGCGGGUCUGAAACUGUACGCAAAAGCUGAAACGACACUAGAGAAUGUAUGCCUCAUUGGACAUGUCAAAUAAACGGAUUCUUUCGUAAGAAAUUAUCUUGAA